AUGGCGGUGCCAGGAGCGGGCCUGCUGGCCCUCCUGCGCAAACGCACUGCAAGCAAGUUUGAGGCGCGCAGCUCUGCGGUGCACGCGCUGGAGCACGCAGUGGCAGCCGGCACGGUCGCAGAGGCGGCACGGCCGCAGGCGCAGGGGCGCCGCAUCCCGCCGGGGCCCAGAUAUACGUAUGACGUUGACACCCAUGUGCCCCAUGAGGCGCAGCCGCAGCUGCCGGUGACUCCAGUCACGCUGAUCAACACCGACUAUGCGCUGCACCACUGGAGGCAGAUCGCCGUCGGCCCCAGCUACAUCUGCUACGGCCUCAAGCAGGGCCACAUCCGCGUGUUGAGUCGCCACUCGGCUGUGCGAGCCCUUCUCAAGGGCCACACCAAGCCCCUCACCGACCUGCAGUUUGCGGCGGCCUCGCCCGACGCAGGGCAUGACAGCGGCAGCAGCAGUGCGUCCAGUGCAUUCAACGAAGUGCUGCUGGCCAGUGGCGGCCAUGACGGUCAGCUGUUUGUGUGGCACCUGCAACUGGAUGAGGACAAUGCCACCAUCCGCGAGACACAGCAGCUGCAUGCCAGCUUUGCGUCGGCAGCAGGUGUUUCAGGAGACGUGCUGUUGUCAUGGCACGCGCCCAGCCGGCGCGUGCUUGCGGUGGGGGUGGGAGGCAAAGUGCUGCUUGUGUCUGUGCCUGCUGACGGCGGCAUGGAGCAGCUGGAGUUCGACCUCGAUGAUAACUCUACGCCAGAUGCCACUGUACUGCCCGACUGGAGUGGCGAGGCGGUGACGUGCCUGGCUUUCUCACCUGACGGCCAGCUGCUGGCUGCUGGCGGCGCUGCCGGCUCCGUGCUCGUGUGGCAGCUGCAAUCCUUAUCAGCCGCGGGGCCCGGCGGCAGCUCCUCACUGGUGGCCACCCACAGCGUGGCAAUCCUUGCUGCCGCUGACAAUGGCACUGCUGCUGGCGCUGCGGUCGGCGCAGUGUGCUGGCUACCCAUGCCUCAGGGCUGGGCGCUUGUGACGGGCAACCGCAACAAUGCUGCGCUUCAGCUGUGGCACAGUGUUUCCCUGGAGGGCAGUUGGAAGCUGCUCCAAACCCUGCAGUUUGAGGGCAAGAGCGGGCAGCAGGAGUUUUACAGCCACGUGGAUGUGGUGCCCGCCCAGCAGCUGGUGGUGCUGGCAGACACCGCGCGCAAGGCAAUCUACACGCUGCACUACUCGGGUUCGGGUGCCGACCUGCAGUUUGAUUACGUUGCUCGCUUUGGCGUGGCAGUCCCGAUACUGUCUUUCACUGCUUUGUGGAACCCCGCGGGUGGCGAGCAGGGCGACAGCCCGCUAGUGGAACUCAACUGCGUGCAGACCACGGCGGUGCAGCAGUACAGCUUGGACCCCGCGCUGUGCUAUGCUGCGCCGGACGUAUCGCCAGAGCCUCAGGAGCACGGCGUUGUGCGCCGCAGCAGCCUGCUGGAGCGGCACGGCCAAGACUUGAGCAUCAAGCCGCAGCCUUCGACUGCCGUGCCCAUGCCCUCAGAAGCUCUUGCUAGCGGCACACCUCGCAAUAGCUGCGUGGCAGCAGCUGGCAUCGCCCCUCCCGCAGCCGUGGCGGCAGCAGAGAGGGCGGCUGAGCCGGUGGCGGCUGAUGCCAGCGAGGCGAGGGCGGCAGACGCGGCACCAGCGCCGCUGCUUGAGCCCAGCAUCGAAGGCGUCGUGCCGCUACUGGCCAGCAUCCCACCGCUGCCGCCUGCCGAUGCACCAGAGUCACCACAGCCCAGGGCAAGCGGGCUGCUGCUGGCUGCCAGCUGUCCGCCUGCCCAUGCCUUUGCAUGCAGUAGCUCUGCAACCACUAGCCGCAAUUCAGCUUCUGGCAGCACCGAUGCCGGCCAGUGGGGCGGCCCUGCACAGCCGCAGCCGCAGCACGUGCUGCAGCGCCGGAUCGUUAAUGCAGCUGCUUUGCCACCUCCGUCAGCAGCCAGGGAGGCGACAGGGGAUGAGGGGCAGGUGGCAUUGCCGCCCUCGCCGGCCCCACCAGCUACGGCUGUUGCCAGCACCCAGGAUGCGGCUGUGGCAGCUGCAGUGCUGGAGCAGAUGGGGGGCGUGCACAAAAAGUUUGUGGGGCAUGUGUCGCUCAUGUACCGCGAACUGCUCAAGGCCAUGAAGGCUGAGCUUGGUGUGCAGACGGCACAGCAACAGCAGGCCACUGCACAGCUGCUGGCAGCAGCUAUGGAGGCGCAGAAGCAACAGAUCGAGGCGGAGCGGGCUGCUGUCCUAGCCGAGGAGCGAGCCAACAUUGAACGCCUGCUCACCGCCAUCUCCGCCACCCUCAACCAAGACCUGCCUUCAAAGCUGGCCGAGGCUGUCCGGGGCGAGGUGGAUGGCAUGGUAGACGGGCUGGCCGCUGCUUUGGUGCCCGCGGUGCAGACAGCGUUGGCCACCUCGCUGCCCAAGGAUCUUGCAGGCGCUGUUAAGUCAGCAGGCCUGGACAAGGCGCUGGCACCCGCAGUGGCGGCUGGGCUGGGGAAGCCGCUGCAGGAGGCCUUCCGCACCGCCUUCACCAAGCAGUUGGUGCCAGCAUUUGAGGGAGCCACGCAGUCCAUGUUCCAGCAGAUCAACACCACGUUUACUGCUGGCUUCGAGCAGCACCUGCAGGCCUCCAACUCGGCGCUGGCGGCAUCCCUCCAAGCGCAACAGCAGUUGCUGCGGGCGCACCCUGCGACCACAGUGGAUGUGCGCGGCGAGCUGUCCUCGCUGCUGCGGGCGGGCGAGUAUGAACAGGCCUUCUCUCGGGCGCUGGGCCUGCAGGACGUGUCCACCGUGGGCUGGCUGGCUAGCCAGACUGACGCAGCUUCGGUGCUGGGGUGCGACCCCUGCCCCCUCUCUCAAGGGAUCCUGCUCAGCCUGGUCCAACAGUUGUCUGCUGACCUUCAAUCCAACCUGGGCGUGAAGCUGGCCUGGAUCCGGGAGGCGGCGCUGCUGAUCAACCCCGCCGACCCGAUGCUGGCCCGCCACCUGCGCCCCGUGCUGGAGGGGGUGUAUGCCGCGCUGCAGGCUGCGGCGGGGCGGCUGCAGGGCGCCGAGGCCAACAGCUGUCGGCUGGCGAUGCAUGCAUUCAAUCGGUUGUUCAAUUUGGUUUGA